AUUAAAAUGAGUAGUAUCUAGCUAGAUAUAGUAACAUGAUAGAUAAAUGUGAUAGAUAUUACAUAAAGUUAAAGUGUGGUACCAAACAUAUUUAAUAGCCCCCCACCAAACAAUCUAAUUGAAAAUAUAUUAAGCCAAAAGUGGAUACACACACAUAAAAUAAAAGAUGGAGGUCACUAAAGUUCUUCACAUGAAUGGAGGAAUGGGAGAUGCUAGCUAUGCCAAAAAUUCUCUGCUUCAGCAAAAGGUGAUCCUCAUGACGAAAUCAAUAACAGAUGAAGCCAUAUCUUCUCUCUACAACAACCUUUCCUCAAGAGAAACGAUAUGCAUUGCGGAUUUAGGUUGUUCUUCUGGACCAAACACUUUUUUGUCAGUCUCUCAAUUCAUUCAAACUAUUGAUAAAGAAAGAAAAAAGAAGGGACGUCAUAAGGCGCCGGAAUUUCAUGUUUUCUUGAAUGAUCUUCCUAGCAAUGAUUUCAAUACCAUUUUUCGAUUGCUACCAACAUUCCAUCAAAGUUUGAGGAAGCAAAAUAUGGGAGAAGAUGGAUCAUUAUUUGAUCCUUCAAAUUGCUUUGUGACAGGAGUUGCUGGUUCAUUUUAUACUAGACUUUUUCCUUCCAAUAGCCUACACUUUGUCCACUCCUCUUAUAGUCUUCAUUGGCUUUCUCAAGUUCCCGAUGGAAUAAAGAAUAAUAAGGGAAAUAUCUAUCUAACAAGUACAAGCCCAGCAAGUGUUCAUAAAGCAUAUUAUGAGCAAUUUGAGAGAGAUUUUGUAACAUUUUUAAAGUAUCGCUCAGAAGAAUUGAUGAAAAAUGGGCGUAUGGUAUUGACCAUGUUGGGUAGAAAAAAUGAAGAUCGCUUCAGCCAAGGGUGUUCCUAUGAGUGGGAACUUUUGGCUACGACGCUCAAGCUUCUGAUUGCACAAGAAUCAAUAGAUGCAGAAAAAGUGGAUUCAUUCAAUGUUCCUGCAUACAAUCCAUCUCCAUCAGAAGUGAUGCAUAUUGUUGAAAAGGAGAGAUCUUUCACCAUUGAUAUCUUGAAAACUUCAGAAAUUCAAAGGAAUUCUUGUGAUGAUGAGAAAUACGAUAUGGCAAAAAGCUUUAGAUCUGUGGCUGAACCUUUACUUGUUAGCCAUUUUGGUCAUGAUGAAUUGAAUAUGGAUCAAGUUUUCCAUAAGUAUAACCAAGUAAUUGCCAACGAUCGCAAGGCGAUGGAAAAAAUUAUGUUCGUAAAUGUCACUAUUUCGUUGACCAAAAUAAAUUAGCUAGGGCAUGCAAUUCGUGCAUCGUCACGAACCCUGGCCCUAUAUCCCGACCCUUGUGAUAUUGUAAUAAUAAUCUUAUAUCUCAUAGAGAUAUUAUGAUAAUGUAAUAUUUCUAUUCCUUAAAAGUAAUUAUUUUCAACGGGUA